AUGUAUACACCGAACAGAAGUGUCGAACAUAGGCAAACGCCUAUAUUCAUUCCUUCUACACCAAAUCGAUCAUCCCAAGGCCCAAUAUAUCAUGUCUAUAGUCAUUAUGGAUGUAGUAGUAAAGAUGUUGAUCGUUGUGCGAUGUGUAAAUAUUUAUUACAACCAAAUACUUAUCUACAUACAAAUCCUCAAUCAUUUAUUGCUGCAACAAAACAUUCCAGCUUGCCACCAAUUCAACGUCAAUUAUCACCAACACCUAUCAAACCAAUUCGAUAUCAAAUUGAUGAUCAAAAUGAUUUAUAUCUCUUGCCGAAAAUUCCUGGAUCAUCAAAAACACAACGAGAAGCUGAAGAUGCUGCUAUUAUUAAUAUAUGUUUAAAAGAUAAAUCUAUUGAUCGUAUUAUACUUGUCGAUGCUGAUGAAGAUAAUAAUCCUGAAGACGAUGACGAUGUUCUCUAUGUACGUUUAUAUGACCUUGAAUAA